AAAUGCGCAGUUGAUAGUUGGUAUCUCGAACGUGAAAGUUCGGUGUUGAACUUUGCUCCUAGCCUUCUGUACCAGUGCGUGCAAAGGCUCUUUUAUCUGAUUAAGAAUUGCAAUAUUAUUAGAAUUUUUCUGCUUCAAUUCCUUUUUGGAAAAUAUUUCAUUGACCCUACAACCAAGAAAAAUGAAGUCUCUUAUUUUGGAAUCCUUUGCUCUGCUACUUACUCUGCAAGUUGUUUAUUGUCUUAUGGACAAUGACUUGAACAAGCCUCAUAAAGAUCGAUAUGUGCUUCAUAAGAACUGUGAAGCUGCUAUUCACAAACAGAUUGAUGAAGAAAUGCAUGCCAGUUUAGUUUAUGCUACUAUGGCUGCUCAUUUUGAUCAUAACACAGUUGCCAGGAAAGGUAUUGCCAAGUUCUUCUCAGAUAAUUCUAUGGAAGAACGAGAACACGCACAGAAGUUUAUUGACUACUUAAAUAGCCGUGGUGCCAGAUUUGCAGGAUUUGAUUUGAAGAUGCCUGGUAAAUCAAGUUGGAAUAAAGCUUUAGAUGCUUUUGGUGAUGCAUUGAAUCUGGAGAAACAUGUUAAUAAUAAAUUGCACCAUUUGCAUGACAUUGCUGCCUUGACAUGUCUAGAUAACCAUCUCAUGGAUUUCAUUGAGAAUGAAUUCUUUGAUGAGCAAGUAAAAUCAAUUGACCAGCUUACAAGAUUCAUGUCCAUCUUGAAAGGCAUGGAUACCCCAAUGGGCGAAUACUUGUUUGACCAGCAACUUCAGGGAAAGAAAACUGAGCUCUAAAAAUCUUCUAAUCUCUGUUACUCCUUGCCAUUUAUCUACUUAUACUUUUAUGUUUUGCUCAUAUUUUAUGCCAAACUCUUUUUAAGUAUUAGCUUUUGAUAGAGUGUUUACAAUUUGCAUGCAACUUUUUUGCAUUUAUGUUGAUUAUGUACACAACUUACAGCUGUAUACAAUAGUAGUUAUUUGUUUUUUUUAAGUUUAUUUCAGUAUUUUCAAUUAAUGUAUGCAUAUCAUAUGCUUUUAAAAUAUACCAAUGCAUUUUUAAUAUACUUCACUAUAUGAGCUAUAUUUGGUAGAUCUGUAUGUAUACUUUAGAAACAUGAAUGUUUCUCACUCAUUAUUAAGUUUAUUGUAUUGUAAUAUCUAUUUAAUAGAAGUUAGUUAUUUUUAUCUGUUCAUUUUUUUUUCUCCUUCUGUGAAUUUUAAUCUCUAAUAAUAGUUAUAAUAUGAAUGUGAAAUCUCAUUUUUCUCUGUUUUCAAAGAAACUGUUCUUUAUUUCUUUGAAUAAAAAUCAAAUUGCAAAUUUUUA